AUGUCGCAACACGGUAAAGGCUCCGUCAAGACGGCGCUGGAAAAGUUCAUUGGCGCCGAUCACACCGAACCUGAAGAGAAGGCACCCUCAAUCACAAAUGCCGACCUUUACAUCGAGGAGGAACCUACAGUCGGCGAGUUUCUGCGAGAGAUCACUCCCAGUGCUCACGCCAUCGGCGAAUACUUUUACAACCUCUUCCCCUUCUUGUCAUGGGUUGGUAAAUACAAUUUGAUCUGGUUCGUGGGUGAUAUGGUUGCUGGUAUCACCGUCGGUGCUGUCGUUGUUCCUCAGUCUAUGGCCUAUGCCCAGCUGGCUCAGCUUCCUGUCGAGUAUGGACUGUACUCAUCCUUCAUGGGUGUCUUGAUCUACUGGUUCUUCGCUACAUCCAAGGAUAUCACCAUUGGCCCCGUCGCUGUCAUGUCUCAAGUCACAGGUAACAUUGUCCUCAAGGCUGCCGACACUCUACCUCAGGUCGAGGGACAUGUUGUCGCCUCCGCCCUGGCUGUCAUUGUCGGUGCAAUUGUCACCUUCCUCGGUCUCGCCCGACUCGGCUGGCUCGUUGAGUUCAUCCCUCUGCCUUCGAUUUGCGCUUUCAUGACUGGUUCCGGUGUCAACAUUAUUGCUGGUCAGGUCCCCAAGCUCAUGGGCAUCAAGGGUGUCAACACCCGUCAGCCGACCUACCGUGUCAUUAUCGACACCCUCAAGAACCUGGGUGGCUCCAAGCUUGACGCCGCCAUUGGUCUCUCAGCCCUGGUCCUGCUUUACGCCAUCCGUAUCUUCUGUGGCACUAUGGCCAAGAAGCAGCCUCAACGCGCCAAGCUGUACUUCUUCAUCUCCACCCUGCGAACUGCCUUUGUCAUCCUGCUUUACGUUGGUAUCAGCGCUGGUAUCAACAUCAAGCAUCGCAGCAAGCCUCGCAUCAGCAUCGUCGGUGAUGUUCCCAGUGGCUUCACCCAUGCUGCCGUCCCCGAGAUCAACGCCGACAUCAUCAGGUCCUUCGUUUCUGAGCUGCCUGCCGCCGUCAUUGUUGUCCUGAUUGAGCACAUCUCCAUUUCCAAGUCUUUCGGCCGUGUCAACAACUAUGUCAUCGAUCCCUCUCAAGAACUCGUCGCCAUUGGUGUCAGCAACCUUCUCGGUCCCUUCCUGGGAGCCUACCCCGCCACUGGAUCAUUCUCCCGAACUGCCAUCAAGUCCAAGGCUGGUGUCCGUACUCCCUUCGCUGGUGUCAUCACUGCCAUUGUUGUCUUGCUCGCUCUCUACGCCCUUACUGCUGUCUUCUUCUACAUCCCCAACGCGGGUCUUGCUGGUGUUAUCAUCCACGCCGUCGGAGAUGUCAUCACUCCCCCCAAGGUCGUUUACCAGUUCUGGCGCGUCUCUCCCAUCGAGGUCAUCAUUUUCUUCGCCGGUGUUCUUGUUACUAUCUUCAGCUCUAUCGAGAACGGUAUCUACACCACAAUCGCCAUAUCCGCGGCUGUCGUCAUCUUCCGUCUCUUCAAGACCCGUGGCCGCUUCCUUGGUGUUGUCCGCGUCCGAACCAUGAAGGCCAACGUCAGCGACGGCACUGCAAGCCCUGGCUCUAUCGAUGAGGGCGAGAGUUCUCUGCGAGCCGGCUUCCUUCCUCUCGACCACGGAAACGGCAGCAACCCUAAGGUCAUUGUUCGCACUCCUUACCCUGGUGUCUUCAUCUACCGCUUCGCCGAGGGCUUCAACUACCCUAACGCCUCUCACUACCUCAACCACCUUACCGAGUCCAUCUUUUCCGAGUGCCGCCGUACCAACCCCACUCUUCUUGGCAAGCUUGGUGACCGUCCCUGGAACGACCGAGAGCCCCGUCACAUCAAGGUUAUUGAGAACGACGAGCGCCCUAUUCUCAAGGCUGUAAUUCUCGAUUUCUCCAGUGUCAACAACGUCGAUGUUACUUCUAUCCAGGCUCUGAUUGAUGUCCGCAACCAGCUCGACAAGUUUGCCGCCCCCGAGGUUGUUGACUGGCACUUUGCCAACGUUGAGAACCGAUGGACCAAGCGUGCCCUGGCUGCUGCUGGAUUCGGUUUCCGCACUCCCCGUUCUAACAAUGAGAGCACCGGAAAAUGGAAGGCCAUCUUCUCCAUCGCUGACCUCGGUGGUGACGACAGCGCUGCUACUGCCGCUGCUAUCGACGAGAAGGCCAGAAACGCACCUGUCCGCCAGGACAUCGAGGCUGUUGACGAUUCCAUCCACAGCGAGUCUUCCGAGAAGGGUGCCAUUAGGGAAUCCACACACCGCCUCGUCGCCGUGCAGGGACUCAACCGUCCUUACUUCCACCUUGAUCUCCAGGAAGCCGUCGACGCCGCUGUCUCCGCCGCGGAGCUCAAGCAGCACUAA